UCCGUUUAAUGUAACCAGUUCAGAUUGUGACAAAUCUAAAAAUGAUAAUAUAAUUCAAUCUUAUCAUUUUGUUGAAAAAACAUAAAACCGCCUGUUUUGAUAUGCAAAUAUCUCGCGAGUAAAGAGCUAAAUAUUCGAAAGCUAAAAUGUCGGUACACUACAAGUUUAAGAGUACCCUUCAUUUCGACACAAUUACCUUUGACGGUCUCCAUAUAUCCGUUGCGGACUUGAAAAGGGAAAUUGUGCAGCAGAAACGACUGGGGAAAAUUAUUGAUUUCGAUCUUCAAAUAACAAAUGCUCAAAACAAAGAAGAAUAUAAAGAUGACAACUUUUUGAUACCAAAAAACACCACGCUAAUUAUUUCUCGGAUUCCGAUAGCCCAUCCAGUAAAAAAGGGAUGGGAUCCGUCCGCGGAAAAUGCUGUUUCUACGGCGCCCACAAGUAAACCUGAUAAUUUAAAUAUGGAUCUAUUUAAAAUGCAAGGCAGUGAAGAGGAUAAAAUACAAGCCAUGAUGAUGCAAAGUACAGCUGAUUAUGAUCCCAAAACGUAUCAUCGUAUUAAGGGACAGUCUCAAGUAGGCGAAGUGCCUGCUUCCUAUCGCUGUAACAAGUGCAAGCGCGGUGGCCACUGGAUUAAAAACUGUUCCUUUGCAGGUGGAAAAGAACAAUUUGAAGUAAAGAGAAAUACAGGUAUUCCACGAUCAUUCAGAGGCAAGCCGGAAGGUCAAGUUGAACCGGAAACAUCAAAAUAUUUAUUGUCUACCGAAAAGGAUCAAGAAAUUCCAGAGGACUUAAUAUGUGGUAUUUGCAGAAAUAUUUUCGUUGACGCCGUUAUGAUACCGUGUUGUGGCAGUUCUUUUUGCGAUGACUGCGUUCGAACUUCUUUGCUGGAAUCGGAAGAUAGCGAGUGCCCAGAUUGUAAAGAGAAAAACUGUUCGCCAGGAUCUUUGAUUCCGAAUCGGUUUUUAAGAAAUUCAGUUAAUGUUUUCAAAAACGAAUCUGGCUAUAAGCUGGCAGCAUAUAAGCCUGUUAGUAAAUUGACUACGACAGUUGAGAAGGAGGAUCCCGUUCCAGCUCAGCUUCCGGAUGACACUAAACCAACUGAAGAAACGGAAGAGGUUAAUAAAAAAGGAGAGGAGGUAAAAGAAGAAGAAGGAGAAAGAGGAGGAGAAAGAGAAAGAGAAGGAGAAAGAGAAGAUGAAGAAGAAGAAGAAACAGAAACGAUUGAAAGCUCCAACAUAGGUAGAACUGAAACAACCAAAAAAGAAAAAGAUAAAUUUGAUUCAGACUACGAGGAUAAUAUAACAAUCAAAAUGCCACAGAAAUUGAUCGAGACAACCACAAGCAUCGCCGACAGCAAGAAAGAUGAGGCUACACCGAUAUAUUCGCAAAAGUCGCAUGGAAAUAACGUCGUACAACGUCGUGAGCAUAAUUAUGAAUACAAAUCGGAUAUUGAUAUAAAACCACAUAGCAGCUAUGCUAAAAAUGAGAUUGUCAAACAUCCGAAUGAGCGAAGUCUUUUACCUACGCCAAUUACCGGACACCACAAACCGUAUCCAAAUCACAAUAUGAACGAACAAAGAGAAAAACCCUUGAUGAAUUCUGAUCAAGCUCAUCGUAUUGGCGUGUAUAAACCUGCUUAUAUUCAAAUGCCCAGAUGUCCAACAAUGAUUCACAUGGCCCCAUAUAAUAAUGGCUAUAAUAAUAUGCCACAUAGGCCACCAAUGAGCUUUGGCCAUUAUCAAAACCAACCUGUGCAUCAAAUGAAUCCAUCAUAUAUGCCCUCGGGGAAUAUUAAUAUAAAUCCUUCGCAAACAUUUCAAUCAACGAAUUUAGCUUCGAUUUAUCAAGGAGUUGCAGCAAAAGUUGGCACUGGACUUAUAGAUGACCCACUUGAAGCCUUCAACAGAAUAAUGAAGGAGAAAGAGAAACAAAAAGUGGAACGUCGUCGAAGUCCAGGCCAUCACAGAUCUAGAUCUCCAGGAAGGCCGAGACAUCGCUUUAAGUCCCCAAUGUACGACAGGGGUUCGUCCAGAGAAAUGAAUAUUAAGGAUAAACGACCACGAUCUCGGGAUCGAAAGCGAGAGUACAGCUAUGAACGAGGACGACAAAGUCGAGUUGUACGCCAUUCAAGCAACGGAUCAAAUUCACCAAGUGACAAGAAGAAGAGAUAUGUACAUAGACGUUCCCCUUCGCCAAAAUCAGGACAUAAGCUGCGUUUAAGAGAAAAAUCUUUGACUAGACCGUAUGUAUCGAAACCAGAUACAGUAGAGCCACCUCCUCCUGGCUUUGAAUCAUUGCCAAUUGAGAGUUUAGCUGAUAUUGAUAGAGACAGAAAUAAUAGAGCUGUAGAUCAAGAUAAUACCAGAUAUGCAGACGACGACCAUCACUCCCGCAAAAGACAGAGGACCUCCAGUAAGACCAAGGAGAUCAAAACUGUUGAUAAUAGUUCCAGAAGCCUUACCCCUCCAUCAAAAUACAAGAUUGCAAAAAUUUCGAAAGUUGAAUGUACUGAAUUCUACGAAAGGUCCCCAAAAACACCAGAGAGAAUCGAAAAUGAUUCUCAUGUCAUGUCAUUGGAAAAGCCUCAGAGUGAGGCUUUGAUCUAUCCGGACAAUAAACCAAGUAUUGUGAAAUCACACGACCGUUUGGAGUUGAAUGACGACAUGGGAAAGGAAAAUAAUAUUAAACUGAAUCUUCAGUUAAAAGAUCGAAAAAAGAAGAAGAAGGACAAGUCGGAACGCAAGAAAAACAAGAAGGAUAAAAAGGACAAAAAGGAAAAAGUUAAAAAGCUGUAUGCCGAGAGCAUUGAGUCGGCAUCAGCAUCGGAAAAAUGUUUAGGCCUUGAUGCUUCUAUGAAUCCAUGUAAUGAGAGCGCUGAAUUUAAUUCAAAUGAUGUACUUCAAAAUAUAUCCGAUUGCAUUGAGCUUGAUACAUUGAAGAGAAAUGAUUCUAUCCUUAGUAUGGAGCUAUCGGAUCAUGAUUUAAUUAGAGAUACUAUAUCCUCAGUUAAUGAAAUGAAUGAUGUCAAAAUAUCAAAGUGGGAGUUAGACGAUAAUAAUUUAAACAGUAAUUUAUUGGAUCCUAGCAGAAAAGUUCCCUGUAAUAAAAUGCAAGACCAUUCGGAAAUAACAUCUGAUGUUAUCCGAAAAGCGGAAAAUGCGAUUUUUGCGAAAGCUAUAAACGCCAUAAGGCCCGUCGAGUUUAAAGUUGUAAUAGAUUCUAAGCACAACAGUAAGGAUCGUUCAAUUUCUAUGAAAACUGAUCAUAAAGAUCGUUCGCAUUCCCCGAAAUCAACCAUUAACAAGUCUGUCAAAGAAAGGCUAGGUAACAAAGUUGUAAGCGAACGACACUAUUCAUCAGAUCGGUCAAGGAAUGAUCGAAGAGAAAAUUCGGAGAGAAAGUCAAGUAGCGACCGACACAGGUAUAAUUCUGGAAGUUAUAGUUCCCGAAGAAGGGAAAAGGAUUCCAAAGAACGAGUUGUGGCGAUUGAAAGGAAAUUUGAUGAUCAUAGAAAUCGCAGGUCAAGCGAACGAGAAAUCAUAACUGUCACACACAAGGAUACAAACUUUUCUGAAUCCAACAAAUAUAAAUCGCAAGCGAAGGACAAAUCAUCAACAGUUGGCACUAAAAGUGAGAAACGAAAUUAUGAAUCAGAUCGUAGCUCAUAUAGAAGCUCUAAAACAGGAGAAACCCGUCAAGUUUCAUCGGUUGCUUCAAGACCAGACAACCCCCAACGUCGACCAGACAACCCAUUCAGAAAAUUUGAUGAAAAUAAUUCAUCUAGCAAUAAAGUUUCAAAAUUCGACAACUCAAAUAAAAGAGAUGGGACACCACAAUCUUCAGAUCAAACCGAACAUAAAAGGAGAAAAGAUAAAAAACUCAAGAAACUUAAAAGUUUGAAGAAAUGUUCGUCAACAGAAUCAGUCAAAAGUGAAAAACGAAAAGAUGUAAAAAGCAAAAAAAGAAGUAAGGUUCUAAAAAAAAAGAAAAAGUCCAGGAAAUAGGUUUUUGAACAAUAAAUCAAAGAAGUCAGAUCGAAAAAAAAAUACUUAAAAUAUAUGAUAUACGAUAAUAAAAAAUAAACAUAAUACAGCAAAUAUUGUAAA